AUGACCAAGGAAAAGAAUCUGAAAUACAAUGAAAUUGUAUCAUAUGCUAUCAGGCCGUACAAAUUGAUAGCUCAAAGUCUAGGAAUUUGGUGCAUGACGUGUCACAAUGCUAUCACAAAGAUUCAACUGACGAUUAUAUGUAUUUUAUUGGUGACGAAUGCAUUGAGUCUAUUCCAUGAAUUGAAUCCAAAAUGUGGAGUGCUGAAGGACAAAUUGAUACCGGUCUCGACGGGAAUCUGUUGUUGCCUCUCUAUCAUGAAGAUUUUGAGUAUUCGUCUGAAUCGUGAAAAUAUGAUACAGAUCAUUACUUCGAUCAUCGACAACUGGUCGUCAAACACAUGUGUUGAUGAUCUGAGGAUAAUGGACAAUGCGUCAAAAGUUGGUCGAAAGAUUUAUUACUUUCAACUAGUAUCUACUUUGACUUCUGUCACACCCAUGUACCUGUGCGGAAUGGGAAAUGCGAUGGUCUUCGAUCCUCGGAGAAAUGUGACUGAAAUCGUUAAAGCUAUUCCUCUGGCAAAUCCAUGUUUCUACGGAAAUCUAUUUGUUGAUUAUUAUAGUGGAAUUUAUUUGCUCCAAAUUCUACAAGUUACGGUGACUAUUAUAGGGAAUGUGGGUUGUGACUGUUAUUUCUUCGGUAUAACAAUGCUGCUAGUCGGUCAAAUCCGAUGUUUUGCGAGUGAUAUUGAGAAGCUUGAACCACAGGAAUGCGAACAGCAGAAUCGACAAAUUCUGAGACUUGUGAUCAGAAGACAUACUCAUCUUAUCAGGAUGGCAGAUCAUUUAGAGAGAACUUUUAGUGCUGUUGUUGCACUUCAAGUGAUGGCGAAUAUCUAUCAAGUUUCUAUGGGUGGCCUCCAAAUAUUACUCAGCAUCCGCAUCAAAGACGGAGCAACAGCGAUAAAUUUCACCAUCUUCAUCAGUAUCUUUCUCGUCCAGCUAUCGAUAUACAGCUACGCUGGGGAAUGUUUGUCAUCCAGCAUCAGCUACUUGCAAACUUGUCUGUACUGUUGCCCUUGGUAUCAGAUGACACCGAAAACCAACAAGGAUUUUGUAUUCAUAAUAGCACGGUGCGGCAAACCCUUUCAUUUGACCGCUGGAAAAAUCAUUCCCAUGAAUCUCGAAAGCUACACCGACAUCCUCAAGACUUUGAUCUCAUAUUUUUCGGUCAUGCGAGCGAUGUUUGAUAAGUAAUG